ACAAAACCACGCCAAUCGUCAUGAAACCCCACAGAAGAACAAAGUAGAAGAAAAAUAUACUGAUAACGAAGCCAUUUUAUCUGUGGUAGAUUCGGAAAUGAAAAUAUGUAUUUUUACAUUAUUUUUUCAAAGAGUAUAAUUUGCAUUUAGUUCGAUGAACCUGGGGUGGACCGGAAGCGGUUGCAAAUUCAAAUUCGGUUGUAAAGAUUAAGCUUUUUUUUGUCUCCUCAGACGUGGUGGCUAACAACAACGACAGAGAACCAUUUAUAGAGCUUCAUGUGGUGAAACGAAGGAUUUUCCCAAGUGGGUUGCACCUGAAGAUCACAGGUCCAUCGGAGAAUGGCACUGAACCAGGAUGAAAUAAUAGAAGGAAUGGAGAUUAAAAUGGAAGUGGAAGAAGUGGCAACCAAUUCUGAAGUGCAGGUAGAUGUUGCUGGCAGUGAAGAGUCAGAUAAAGCCUUGUCCAAUAGUAACCUCGCAACACCUAAAAGGGGGCGGGGUAGGCCACCCAAAUAUGGAUCGGCCUCCAAGUCAGAUAAUGCCUUGUCUAAUUGUAACCCCUCAACACCUAAGAGAGGUAGACCUAAAGGAUCAGUGUUUAUGAAAACCAAGAUGCUGAAGGUGAUCGGCCUCGCGGCGGCUUGCCUACCCCGAAAACCAGAUGACCCCUCCCCAAAGAAGCGUGGCCGACCCCGAAAAAAGAAGCGUGGCCCGCCCAGUAAAGUUGAAUCGACAAGGAAGAGCCUAACACCCAUGGGGGAAGAGGAUAGAAAACUGGAAAGCCAAGCAAGGCGGUCCCCCGGAAGGCCGCGUAUCUAUCCACGCAUUGAUUCUCCAGUCACUGAGCCCAGGGGAAGAGGUCACCCACGCAAGACGGAGGAUGCCACCAAGUCCCCCAUCUAUGAUGGUCCCCCACGGAAAAGGGGCCGUCCCCCUGGUGCAGCAAACAAAGUUAAGAGGGGGGCAGAGCAGGAUAAGGACAACGGUGAACCUCCAGUCAAACGCUCCUUCCACGCCAAAGACAAAACAGAGGAAGCAGGAUUUCCACCAGUCGAAGAAAGUGAUCAGGAAGAUGAAACAGGGAGGGUGGAUCAAGAAAGUGAAAAGUGGAAGGUGGAAUAUAGAGAAGACCCCAAGAAGCCAGUUAGCCCCAGUGACCCCACUAGCUUUCUCUGGGCAAGUCACAUAACACCUAAGAGAGGUAGGCCGAAAGGAUCGGUCUCCAAGUUACUGGGUAGCCCCAUAACACCUAACAGAGGUAGGCCGAAAGGAUCGGUCUCCAAGUUACUGGGUAGCCCCAUAACACCUAACAGAGGUAGGCCGAAAGGAUCGGUCUCCAAGUUACUGGGUAGCCCCAUAACACCUAAGAGAGGUAGACCUAAAGGAUCAGUGUUUACACAACGCAAGAUACUGAAGGCGACGGGCGAGCCGCCGCGAGGCCAACCUCGAGAAGUGGUUGACCUCUCCCUUGAUAAGCAUGGCCGGCCCAGUAUAGUUCAAUUGAAAAGGAGAAGGCCAAAGAAAAGGGGAAGGCCAAAGAAGAUACUAACACCCGAUGAGGAAGAAGAGCUAAAGAAACUGGAAAGCCAACCAAGAAGACCAUGCGGAAGGCCACGUAUCUAUCCCUGCGAUGAUUCUCCAGUCACUGAGCCCAGGGGAAAAGGUCCCCCACGGAAAAGGGGCCGUCCCCCUGGUGCACCAAACAAAGUUAAGAGGGGGGCAGAGCAGAAUAAGAACAACAGUGAACCUCCAGUCAAACGCUCCUUCCACGCCAAAGAAAAAAGCGAGGAAGUGGGAUUUCCACCAGUGGAAGAAAGUGAUCAGGAAGAUGAAACCGGGAGGGUGGAUCAAGAAAGUGAAAAGUGGAAGGUGGAAUAUAGAGAAGACCCCAAUAAUCCAGUUACCCCCAGUGACCCCACUAGCUUUCUCUGGGCAAGUCACAUAACACCUAACAGAGGUAGGCCGAAAGGAUCGGCCUCCAAGUUACUGGGUAGCCCCAUAACACCCAAUAGAGGUAGGCCGAAAGGAUCAGUCUCCAAGUUACUGGGUAGCCCCAUAACACCCAAUAGAGGUAGGCCGAAAGGAUCAGUCUCCAAGUUACUGGGUAGCCCCAUAACACCUAACAGAGGUAGGCCAAAAGGAUCCGUCUCCAAGUUACUGGGUAGCCCCAUAACACCUAACAGAGGUAGGCCAAAAGGAUCAGUGUCCAAGUUACUGGGUAGCCCCAUAACACCUAACAGAGGUAGGCCAAAAGGAUCAGUGUCCAAGUUACUGGGUAGCCCCAUAACACCUAACAGAGGUAGGCCGAAAGGAUCAGUGUCCAAGUUACUGGGUAGCCCCAUAACACCUAACAGAGGUAGGCCAAAAGGAUCCGUCUCCAAGUUACUGGGUAGCCCCAUAACACCCAAUAGAGGUAGGCCGAAAGGAUCAGUCUCCAAGUUACUGGGUAGCCCCAUAACACCUAACAGAGGUAGGCCAAAAGGAUCAGUGUCCAAGUUACUGGGUAGCCCCAUAACACCUAACAGAGGUAGGCCGAAAGGAUCAGUGUCCAAGUUACUGGGUAGCCCCAUAACACCUAACAGAGGUAGGCCAAAAGGAUCCGUCUCCAAGUUACUGGGUAGCCCCAUAACACCCAAUAGAGGUAGGCCGAAAGGAUCAGUGUCCAAGUUACUGGGUAGCCCCAUAACACCUAACAGAGGUAGGCCGAAAGGAUCAGUAUUUACACAACCCAAGAUACUGAAGGUGAUCGGCCUCGCGGCGGCUUGCCUACCCCGAAAACCAGAUGACCCCUCCCCAAAGAAGAGUGGCCGACCCCGAAAAAAGAAGCGUGGCCCGCCCAGUAAAGUUGAAUCGACAAGGAAGAGCCUAACACCCAAGGGGGAAGAGGAUAGAAAACUGGAAAGCCAAGCAAGGCGGUCCCCCGGAAGGCCGCGUAUCUAUCCACGCAUUGAUUCUCCAGUCACUGAGCCCAGGGGAAGAGGUCGCCCACGGAAAAGGGGCCGUCCCCCUGGUGCAGCAAACAAAGUUAAGAGGGGGGCAGAGCAGGAUAAGGACAACGGUGAACCUCCAGUCAAAUGCAACUUUCACUCCAAAGACAAAACAGAGGAAGCAGGAUUUCCACCAGUAGAAGAAAGUGAUCAGGAAGAUGAAACGGGGAGGGUGGAUGAAGAAAGUGAAACGGGGAAGAAUAUAGAGAAGUCACCACAAAGCCAGUUACCCCCAGUGACUGUAAUAGCUUUAUCGGUGCCAUAAGCAGGAUAAUGUUUGGCGACAGCUCAGCCAGCGACGGUACCCCUUUAUCUAGUUUGUAAAAAUGUGUGUGCCAUUAUAGCCUGAUUUUUGAUAGAAAACUACAUGAUCAGAUGAGGGUGGCCUGUUAGGGUGAUCACUGUCAUGAACAUAUACAGAAAAAAGAAAAAAAAAACGCAGCUUGUAAAGUGU